AUGAUGGACCUCCCAGGGUACAAGAUUGAGCAGGUGCUCGGCACCGUGUACGGCAUCACGGUGCGGUCGCGCAACUUUGCCGCGACGCUGGGCAUGGUGGCCAAGUCGUUCGCGGGCGGGGAGCUGAGCUGGUUCACGAGCAUGCUGUACGCGUGCCGCAACGACUCCAUCUCGCGGGUGGUGGACGAGUGCAAGGCGCGCGGCGGCAACGCCAUCAUCUGCCUGCGCUUCGACGCGGCGAGCAUGGGCGGCUUCGCGCAGACGGCGGCGUACGGGACGGCUUGCAGGGUGGUCAAGGUGGACGAGGAGGUGGCCGCGCCGCCGCAGCUGCAGUGA